GGCGGCGGGCCCCUGCUCACGGGCGGCGCGGCGGUGCACAUCUCUGCCGCCGGCGCCGCCAAGGCCACUCUCUACUGCCGCGUCUUCCUGCUCGACGGAACCGAAGUGAGCGUGGACCUGCCGAAACACGCCAAAGGCCAGGAUCUUUUUGAUCAGAUCGUGUACCAUUUGGACCUCAUAGAAACAGAUUACUUUGGCCUCCAGUUCCUCGACUCUGCCCAGGUGGUGCACUGGCUGGAUCAUGCCAAACCCAUUAAAAAACAGAUGAAAAUUGGACCUGCUUAUGCUUUGCACUUUCGAGUUAAAUAUUAUUCUUCAGAACCGAACAACCUGCGUGAAGAGUUUACAAGGUACCUGUUUGUUUUACAACUCAGGCAUGACAUUCUUUCAGGAAAAUUGAAAUGCCCCUAUGAAACAGCUGUGGAAUUAGCUGCUCUCUGUCUACAAGCGGAGCUUGGGGAGUGCGAGCUUCCGGAACACACGCCAGAGCUUGUGUCUGAGUUUCGGUUCAUUCCAAAUCAGACAGAAGCAAUGGAAUUUGAUAUCUUCCAGAGAUGGAAAGAGUGCAGGGGAAAGAGCCCUGCCCAGGCGGAACUCUCCUAUCUGAAUAAAGCGAAGUGGCUGGAACUGUAUGGGGUACACAUGCACGUUGUCAGGGGAAGAGAUGGCUGUGAAUAUUCUCUUGGACUGACCCCGACAGGCAUAUUAAUCUUUGAAGGAGCUAACAAAAUAGGCUUAUUCUUUUGGCCUAAAAUUACCAAAAUGGAUUUUAAAAAAAGCAAAUUGACACUCGUGGUGGUGGAGGAUGAUGAUCAGGGGCGUGAGCAGGAGCACACGUUUGUGUUCCGGUUAGACAGUGCCAGGACCUGCAAGCACCUCUGGAAAUGUGCGGUGGAACACCACUCCUUCUUCCGACUGCGCACACCGGGAAACAGCAAAUCCAACAGAUCAGACUUCAUCCGCUUGGGGUCUCGCUUCAGAUUCAGUGGGCGGACAGAGUAUCAGGCGACCCACGGCUCCAGGUUAAGAAGAACCAGCACCUUCGAGAGGAAGCCUAGCAAGCGCUACCCAUCCCGGAGACAUUCGACCUUCAAAGCAAGCAACGCGGUGAUAGCAGCUCAGCUCUGCUCUAAAACAAACCCUGAAGUUCAUAAUUACCAGCCUCAGUAUCAUCCCAAUGUCCACCCCGGCCAGCCUCGGUGGCACCCUCACUCUCCAAAUGUCAGCUACCCGCUCCCUUCCCCAGGGCUCAGCAGUGUGGACCGGCUGCCUUUUGGCAUCGAGGAGAAUGGGGGUACGCCCUUCACCACCAAAGUUCCAGGAAGGCACCACCACCACCACCAGCAGCACCAGCACCACCCAAGCUACGGCCUCUCGCUGACCCUGGAGAACAAGGAGGGCCCUUCUCGGUCCCCCAACUCUAUCAGUAAAUCCCUUACAAAACUGAGUCCGGGACCACCUGCCCUAUUCAGCGAAGCUGCUGCCCAUCUCAAGAAGCUGGAACUGGACACCGUGAAGGCUGCUGGACCCUGGCCCACUCUGCACAUCAACAUAAAUAAGGCUGAAGAGAAGAAAGUUUCGGAGAAGACUCUUCAGACCCCACUCUUGCCGUCCCCAGUGGCUGAGCAUGUGAAAUGCAACAUUUUGAAAGCCCAGUUGGAGAAUGCUUCCCGAGUGAGCGCCCAGGUUGGAAAAGAAGAGUCAACGUUUGUAAAUAUCAAUAAGAAAUCCAGUCUUCAGGAUACUAAUGUAAGAAGUCCGAUCCCCAUACGUGUGGAAACUGCCCAGCCAGUGGUGGAAAAGCCAGAAAUCAAGCCUCCCCGAGUGAGGAAGUUAACAAGACAAUACAGUUUUGAUGAAGACGACCUCCCUCCAGACCUGGCCGAAGCAGUAGGACCGCCCACCACCACCACCACCGCCACCACCACAGCCACCACCACGCAGGUCUCCGCUCCGCUGGCGUCUCCCAAGGUCCACAAAAUCAGCUCGCCUCAGAAUUCCGAAGGCCAGAGCCAGCUGUCCCCAGGGGUCAAGAGCCCCUCUGACCGAGGAGGUGCCUUUACCUUGGAGCCAGGCGAUCUCCUGAUGGACUUCACAGAAGCCACUCCUCUGGCAGAGCCCGCCAGCGCCCCCUACUGUGCCCACUCUCGCUGUUCUCCUCCACUCUCUCUCCCCAUGAAGGAAGAGACCACUGGAGUUUGCAUGCACCCUCCAAUCAAAACAAGGCUGAUAAAAACAUUCCCAGCUGAUCCAGUGACCCCAUUUCCUGAUCCUUUCAUUACAGGGCCACAGUUUACGGCAGAUUUUAGAGACAGUAAAUCACAGUGCUGUCCUAGCCAGUCUUCCCCGCUAAUUCCAACAGCAACCCUGAGGCCUUUGACAGAGACCGGCUCCACCGUGCAGACCAUCUAUGCCACCCGGAAGCCUGUUUCUCUGGCAGCCAGUGCAGAGACGCUCCGGCAAGAACUAGAGAGAGAGAAAAUGAUGAAAAGACUGUUGAUGACCGAACUGUGAAAUUCUUCCCUCGUUACCUGGAGGAUGGCACGGUGCCUUCUGUCCGUUUUCUUUCUUCGGGCUUUGUGCUUGCUUUAGCACAACAUGCAAAUGCGUGUGUUCUGUUUGCCCGUCUCCAUGGUUAGUUGAAGCCAACUUGUGGCUUGACUUUUAUUGGAAACGUUAUUUUAUGUCUCCUGAGUAGUAGAAUUUUUCUACUGCUCAGUGUAGUUGAGACAGAAUUUGGUAAGCCUGAAAGAAGAAUAUGGGAAAAUGGGGAUUCCUUUUCAGAAGUACCUGUGUAUAUUUAUCAGUAACCACAGGGGUUAAUAUGGCCUGGAAUCCUUUCCUGUCAAUCUCAACCAUGAUUUUGUAUGAUUGAAACUAGCACCAAGCUUUGUUUGUUAAAGAGUCAUUUUUAAUGGGAAAGUAAUUCCUUACUGCUGAUUUUUUUUCAUUUACACUGGUAAAUACACAGAUCUUAAAAUAUCCUUAACAUUCAUUUUUAUUCAAACCUAAGUAGUGAACUGAGAAAGAGUGUUGUAAUCAUCAGGACUGGAAGUACUUCAGCUUCCCUUGAAAUAUAAUUUAAUUUGUGAAUUUGGUAGAUACCAUUUUUGGGGGGAUAAACAGAAUUAUCAUUGAACUCAAAGUAUGGCUUCAGUUGUCUAAAAAACCCUUCCAAGGUUAAAAGGAUUUAAUGUCAAGAUUCAUUUGGGUGUUCCAUAAGGAAAAUUAUUUCUAAAGUUGAUCAAUUCAUGUCCUGGUAAUAGAGCUUUGACCAGAAGAAACUUUGCUCUCUUUUUAUAUUGUUUCAAGAAAUGUGUUUUUAAAUUUUUAUUCACUUGAACAACUUUGCAGGAAUAAAGAGACCCCCUAACCACACACUGCCCCCUUUAAAUUGUUUUCCAAGCUUUCUCAAUGAAUAAACCCCCCUUUUUACAUAGCUCUGACCAUUUGGUUGUUCUACAUCAUCAGACACAUAUUCCUCUGAUCAGCACAGAUCCUACAGCUCACCACUUUAAAUGUCUUUGUAUCCAUGUAAUUCAAUUAACCUUACUUCUUUCCAUUAUGAGACAUUUGCAUCAUAUCCAAGUUUUCACUCUUAUAAAUAGUGCUGCUAUGAAUGUCUUUGUAAAAACAAAAACAAAAAACUUUGAUCCUUCAUUUGGAUUUUUCCCUUUGGAAUAUCUCCAAAGAAGGAUUAUAAGGUCAAAGAGCAUGAACUAUUUUAUAGCUCUUGUUUCAUAUUGUCAAAUUGCUUUCUAGAAAGAUCCAAUCUCUGGGUUGGAAGGACCUUAAAGGUCAUUUAGUUCAACCCCCUAUGCCCUCUGAAUGCUUGAAUCCCCUCCACAAUUUAUGACACCACCAGCAAUGUAUAAGUAUUUCUAUUUACCAACAGCUCUGCCAGUAUUGGGUUUUGCCAUUUUUAUUUAUUUUUGCUAGUUUAAUAGAUGUGUCUAGCUGUUCUUAAAAGGUUUUACUUCAUUAGUUGCUAGCAAGGCCGAGCACUUUUCCAUGUGAUGAUUUACUAGCUGUUUUCCUUUGUGUGUAAAAUGUCCAUCCAUUUCUUAUGACCACUUGUUAAGUGGAAUUGAUCUCGUAUAUUUGUAUCAGAACUGUAUUUUUAUGUUGUAUUGUAUAGUUUGCUCUCCUGUCCCUAUCCUUAAAACUGAAUGGUGCCAAUAAUUUGAUACUAAUGCUUAUUAAAAAACAAAGUAAUGCCUCAUUUACUAGCAUUGUUGUGAAAUGAGGCAGGUAAGCAAAUAUUCAGAUAACAGAGGAUUAACCCUUUAAGUGCUGAAUCUUUAAAAUUUUAAUAUUUUUUGAGGGAAAUCUUUCUAAAACGUAUUACACACUUCCCUGCCUUAGUAAACAGAGUAUUCUGGAGAGUAUUUAAUCUUUUCUUAAUGAGUCACACUCAUCAUUUUGAACAUCAGUCCCUUUUGUACCAUGGUGUGGUACAGUGAUGUCAGCAGGAGCUUUCACCUGUGGGGCUUGGCUUUGCCUCUCACUCACCAAUCUGCCCUUCUCACUGAUGGAUUUUACUGCUGUCUGCCAUCGGUGAAGCCAUCUUAGGGCAACGGUGGCAUUUGGGACCUUUUACAACCACAUGUGCUCCAUGUGUUCCUGUACUUUCGAGGCAACAUUAGCUGUUCUUAAUCUUGUGCACAUGAAACAAAGUGUGUUCCUGCACAGCCUGGAGGUGAUAUCUGUGUCAGGGCUGUCGCCUUUUGCCAACCUUCCACUCGCGUCCUCCUCCAACCUGCUUCCUGAGUCUUCUGCUCCUACUUCUUGCUCUCUGGUGGGCAACACUGAAGUUUUCUUGGGGAAGCCAGGAAACACCGUGCUCCAUUUAUGUCGGGUUGACUUUGCUUCUUAGGAAGGUGCAUGGGCUUUUGGCUGCUGUUUUCAGGGGGCACCGAACCCCCUGCUUCUUCCCCACUUCCCUCUGGGUUCACAGAUAUUUCAGAAGGUUGAUGUCACUGGAAGUCUGAUUACAGUCUGGCUGUUGCUGUAUAUGAAAACUCAGUACUUUUGGCAGCUCUACUCCAACCAGUAAAAUCAAGAGGAUUCAUGGUUCUGACAGUUGUCCUGGUUAUUUGCUUACUUCAAUGUGUGGUGGGUGUUUGGCAUGGUGACCCAAACAAAUGACAUUAUGUGGGGUGUGUUCACAAGGACGAAUGUGAUUUGGUACAAUCGCUUCACCUUUUUAUAUACUUAGCACCAAAACAAAA